UGUUAGCCGGAAGCCUCACUGAUAUCGUCUCUCUCUCGCUCUCGCUCUCGCUAUCUGAUUCAUCGAGAAAAGCUUGUCGCCAUGGAAGACGGAGAAAGCUGCCCCAAGCUACCGAUUCCUGGGAAGAGAAACAUACUAAUCACCAGUGCCUUGCCUUAUGUCAACAACGUCCCUCAUCUCGGAAACAUCAUCGGAUGUGUUCUGAGUGCAGAUGUGUAUGCAAGAUACUGCCGUCUCCGUGGCUAUAAUGCGAUAUAUAUCUGUGGAACAGAUGAAUACGGUACUGCAACUGAGACCAAAGCUCUUGAGGAGAAUUGCACUCCCAAGGAAAUCUGUGACAAGUACCAUGCCAUUCAUAAAGAAGUUUAUGACUGGUUCGAUAUCAGUUUUGACAAAUUUGGCCGGACUUCAACUCCAGAGCAGACGCAAGUGUGCCAAGCAAUUUUCAACAAGUUGUUCGAAAACAACUUCCUUUCUGAGAACACCAUGCAGCAGCUUUACUGCGAUACAUGCCAGAAGUUCUUAGCUGACCGGCUUGUUGAGGGCUCUUGUCCUUUUCCAGAAUGUAAUUAUGAUUCUGCUCGUGGAGAUCAGUGCGAAAAAUGUGGGAAGCUCCUGAAUCCUACUGAACUCAAAGAUCCGAGGUGCAAGGUCUGUCGAACUACACCCCGAAUUCGCGACACAGACCACCUGUUUAUUGAGCUUCCAUUGCUCAAAGAUAGGUUGGAAAAGUAUAUUGACGAUACUUCUGUUACUGGAUCUUGGAGUCAAAACGCUAUUCAAACGACAAAAGCAUGGCUUAAGGAAGGGCUAAGACAGAGAUGCAUUACAAGAGAUCUAAAGUGGGGAGUUCCUGUUCCACAUGAGAAAUAUAAGGAAAAAGUCUUUUACGUCUGGUUUGAUGCUCCUAUUGGAUACGUCUCAAUAACGUCAUGCUACACGUCUGAAUGGGAGAAGUGGUGGAAGAAUCCUGAGAAUGUGGAGCUUUAUCAGUUUAUGGGGAAAGAUAAUGUGCCGUUUCAUACUGUAAUGUUUCCAUCUACGCAGCUUGGAACUGGGGAAAAUUGGACACUGAUGAAGACAAUCAGUGUGACUGAGUAUUUAAAUUACGAAUCUGGAAAGUUCUCCAAGAGCAAAGGUGUUGGAGUGUUUGGUAAUGAUGUAAAAGAUACAAAUAUCCCUGUCGAAGUAUGGAGAUACUACUUGCUGACCAACAGGCCUGAGGUGUCUGACACAUUAUUUUUAUGGGGCGAUUUGCAAGCAAAACUGACUGGCGAGUUGCUGAACAACCUAGGAAACUUCGUUAAUCGAGUUCUGAGUUUUAUAGCAAAGCCUGAGCCUGCAGGUUAUGGAUCUAUCAUUCCUGAUGCUCCUGGUGCUGAAUCUCAUCCUCUAACGAAAUCCCUGGCUGAAAAGGUUGGAAAGUUGGUAGAGGAGUAUGUUCAAGCCAUGGAAAAGGUUAAGCUCAAGCAGGGGCUGAAAACUGCUAUGACCAUCUCGAAUGAAGGGAACUGGUACUUGCAGGAAACCCAAUUUUGGAAACUUUUCAAGGAAGACAAACCUUCUUGUGCAAUUGUCAUAAGAACUGCUGCUGGUUUAGUGUACCUUCUUGCACAGAUAUUAGAACCUUUCAUGCCGUCCUUUUCUCGAGAGGUAUUUAAACAGCUAAAUUUGCCUCUACAUUUUUCGCUCUCCGACGAGGGAAUAGCAAGUAGACUUUGGGAGAUACUACCUCCCGGUCACAAGAUAGGCACCCCAAAACCAUUGUUCAAGGAAUUGACAGAUGAAGAAGUGCAACAGUACAAGGAUAAGUUUGCUGGAAGUCAAGCUGAUAGACGUGAUAGGGAUGUAGAAGCAGCAAAUAUGGCAGAGCAGCUUAAGAAAACAAAACUUUCAGAUGCAAAGAAGCAAAAGGCCUCAAAAGGAGCGGGAACAUCCAAAUCUCAGCCGGCUGCCACUCUUGAAAUUACUAUGGCAAGACUUGAUAUUCGAGUCGGUAAAAUUCUGAAGGCUGAGAAGCAUCCUAACGCAGAUUCUUUGUAUGUGGAACAAAUUGAUGUUGGAGGAGGCGAAAUUCGCACCGUUGUUAGUGGACUGGUCAAAUAUAUACCGCUUGAGGAGAUGCAGAACCGUAUGGUCUGUGUGCUUUGCAACUUGAAGCCCUCGAAAAUGAGGGAUAUUAUGUCACAAGCAAUGGUUCUUGCCGCUUCCAGUAGUGACGGCAGCAAGGUGGAGUUAGUCGAGCCCCCGGAAUCUGCUAUGAUUGGUGAACGAGUUAGAUUUGCUGGGCAUGAAGGUGAGCCAGAUGUUGUGUUAAACCCAAAGAAGAAAGUAUGGGAGACGCUUUUGGUGGAUCUUAACACGAACGAGAACCUAGUUGCUUGCUACAAAGAUUUACCCUUUACUACAGAUGCAGGUGUCUGCAAGGUUUCAUCCAUCAGCAAUGGCACAAUCCGUUAAAUCUUUUUUAUUUUCCAUUUCUAUCUCUCUUUGAGGGAUAACACAUUUCUAAGAUUUUCAUCUGAAAUAUUUGAGAUACUAUUAGCAAAACAUGUUCUCCUGGUGAACUCCUUUUUUUUCUACAUUUAUGGUUCUUAAUUGAUGGUUUUUAGAAACAAUAUGUUGGCUUUUCUAUAUCUACAAGUUGGUAGACUUUUUGGUUA